GAGAGAGAGAGAGGGAGAGAGAGACUCCCUGGCUACCUCCCUCCCUCGCACACAGCGACUGGAGACGGACCGAGAGCAACGCGCAGGGAGAGGAGACCACCGAGCACACAGCCAGGCGCUCUCACACAUACACGCACACACAUACUCACCCAGUGCCUGCUCUUUCCCCCCCCUUCCUCCUCCUCCUCCUUUUCUCUCUGCAACCAGGGGGGGAAAGCCACUUACAGGUAUUUGUCUAGUGGCUCGGCGUCUUUAUUUUUUCCCACCCACCCCCCUUCACAGUUUGUUUACAAGUAUCAAAGUUGUAAUUGAGGAGCCGCCAAGACACAUCUGGAUAUUUCUUCUUCUUUGUGCUAGGGAGUGAUGUGCAACUAAUUAAAGGCAGACAGGCUGGUAGCGUCUGCAAUUUCCAGCCCCCCAAAUAAAGAGACUGUUGUCACAGUUCCUGGGAGAAUGCAAACGAAGAGGCUGCCUGACAAUUUGCCGUCUGCAGAAAUGUACCCCAAAGAGGAUUAACACCCCCCCUCCCCAUCCAUCCAGCACCCGACCCCAUCCAUCCCACCCAGACGACGGCUCCUGUGGCCCUCCGCCCUGCCCUACCCUGCCCUGCCCCUCACUGGUGCCCCCCUCCUCCACCCUUUCUCCCCCUGUCACCCCAGCAUCCCAUUGCCACCAUGAACACCAACGUGUGCGUGGAGAGCGGCCCCAACCCCGAGGCCCCGGGGCUGCCCAAGGAUAACCACCUGCCCGAGGGGGCCCUGAACAGCCUUGUGGAUUACAACUCGGAGAUGGAGCGCUACCGCUCCUUCGCCACCUUCUACAAGACCAACGGGGGCGCCUUCCCCCAGGCGGCCAAGAUCGCUCGCAUCACCACCCCCAUCUUCCCCAGCGCCGCCGCCGCCGCCGCCGCCCGCAUCGGCAUGUCCCCCUGGAACUGCGAUACCGCCACGGCCGCCGCCGCCACCGCCAUGCUGUGGGGCAGCGGCGGCGGCGGCAGCAAUACGGUCCCAGGCGGCGCGGCUGGUGCAAGGAAAUCCUCCUCCUCCGCCGCCGCCUCCGCCUCGCUCCACGCCGGCAGGAGCAGCAUGCACCAUCGGAACGAGUCCCAGCGGCUGGGCAAGCCUGGCUGCGCGCCAGCCGAGCAGCCCGCGUUGCAAAUGGCAAAUAAUAAUUUCCUCUCCACCUUAUCCCCCGAACACUGCAGACCUUUGGCUGGGGAAUGCAUGAACAAGCUCAAAUGCGGCGCUGCUGAAGCAGAGAUAAUGAAUCUCCCCGAGCGCGUGGGGACUUUUUCCGCUAUCCCGGCUUUAGGGGGCAUCUCAUUACCUCCAGGGGUCAUCGUCAUGACAGCCCUUCACUCCCCCGCAGCAGCCUCAGCAGCCGUCACAGACAGUGCGUUUCAAAUUGCCAAUCUGGCAGACUGCCCGCAGAACCAUUCCUCCUCCUCCUCGUCCUCCUCCUCCCUGGGAGCCGCCGGAGGAGGGGGGGCGGGAGGAGGAGGAGGAGGCGGGGGAGGAGGGGCAGGCAACCCUGCUAAGAAGAAGAGGAAAAGGUGUGGGGUCUGCGUGCCCUGCAAGAGGCUCAUCAACUGUGGCGUCUGCAGCAGUUGCAGGAACCGCAAAACGGGACACCAGAUCUGCAAAUUUAGGAAAUGUGAAGAGCUAAAGAAAAAACCUGGCACUUCACUAGAGAGAACACCUGUUCCCAGCGCUGAAGCAUUCCGAUGGUUCUUUUAAGCAGUAGUAGAUCUUAUUUUCAAGGCAGUCCGAAGUGAAUGGCAAGCUAAAGUCUUGUUUUAAGAAACUGCUUAGUCCACCAUUGAAGAAUAUACUCAGAUACUAUUUUCAUUUAUGUAUAGGGGUUUCCUCAAAAACAAAAUUUAAACAAUCUGGGAGCCUGGGGAAUUGGCCAGUUUAUUCACAUUCAGUACACUGAAUCUUUAUUUGAUGUAACUUAGCUAUACUAGUGAAGUUGUUGUCUAUUUUUAAAGUGGCUGUAAAAAUAAAAAAGUUUGGGUAAACCCCUGCUAUAAAAUCAUGUAUCUUUGAAAAGUAACAUAUCUAUACUUCAUUUUCAAAUAUAUGUGUUUCAGUACUGUAAACUGUACAGAUAGCAGCUUGUAUUUUGUGUGUUUAGACACAAGGAGACAAUCAUGUCUGAGCAUCUAUGGAGAUUAACGGUUUGUACACAACAGUGUGGUUCUGCAAGUUAAAUCUGGAGCAAUAAAUUCUAGCUUUAAAUAUUAUUUUGCUGGCUGGUUAGCAGCAGCAGCAGCAGCACUGUUUUACCAUGCAUCCUUCCAUAGAGACUUGAUGCCAAGUUUUACAAGAUUAAAAGAUUAUGAUGCAUCUAGCAAUUACCUUCAGUUGUAUUGUUGUAAGAGGGGAAGACAAAAAAUCUAAGAUUAAUCUUUUUGAGCACUAUUUUAGAGUAGUGGUUGUACACUCGCAUUGCUUCCAAAAGAGCUUUACAGAAGGGUAUCCCUCCAAAGUAACACACCAUAGCUGACUUGCUUUUGACUGUGCUGUAGGGUGAAAUGCACAGUAUAGAUGGACAUGCGGAAUCAGUCAUUUAUAUAUAGCAUGUUCUAGCAUACAAAAUGAAAAAAGAGUACCAUAUCUGAGAAAAAUCUAUGACUCAAUGUAUUUACCGUCCCACUAAGAGUUGCUAUGUAGGUUUUUUCAAUAGACGGAAUAAAAUUUUUAUAAAAUAUAUGAAAAUAUUUUCGCUCCAUGUGCAACAUUUAGAGAUUAGACUAGUUUAUAAAUUUAGACAGGCUUGAAUAUCUCCUGCAGUUGUGCAGGCCAUGAGAGCCUGGGUAUUUUUUAAGUAUAUAAGAAAACCCCACAUUUUUUCAAUGAGUGACUAUUUGUCCCCACACAUCUUUCUUUGUCCACUGAUCUUGGGCUUGCUGAAUAACUGGUCCCUUGGGCGUAUAGUAGAAUGCUUCACCAUUCUUUCUCCUGUACUAGCUAUGUAUACAGAACAUUUACUCCUCAUAAAGGCAGAGAAUAGAGUUAUAUAAUUCAGAUGUAAUACAAGGAUAUGGAGGAUACUGAGUUUAUGUACACUUCAUACAGAUUACCUCAUCACCUAUUUAUAGCUUGGCUUUGUUUUCACUCACAUGAAAAGGCCACCCCAUGAAAGUAAGAGAAUGCUGUUAUGCCACAUAUUAUAUAUGUUUAGUAUUUUAUACAAGAUAGGAUGAUAAAUGCUAGUAGCGUCACAGAAAAGCAUGGAAAUAACAGGCUAAUGAUGCAGAGAGUGUACCAAUAGCAUAGUAUUUCAGCACUUUCUCCAUUAUCUGCUAAUUGUUUCAUACUGUUGGCACAUGGCCACACUCACUUGCUUGACAAAUAUUGGGGGGGGUUAGGUGAGCAGCAGAGUGUGUCAUCAGCUGUCUGUGGAGAGUCAGAGUUCUGGGAAAGUCUGAGGACUGACGAGCCCUGGCAAUGGUCAAGCAACCUAAGGGCAGCAGAUGGGAGGAGAAGCAUCCUAGAAUUGGCUGUGUAGCAGCAAGGGUCAGUAGAAGGGCUGGGACACAGUAGAAGAGCAUCAGAGGACUGGUGUGUUGAGCUGGAGGAGAUUGCACGUGCAUUCUAAACGUUAGGGCUGACACAUGUUCUGGGAUCCGUGUAGCAUGACAUCUUACAUGUAAUUUCAGAAAAUAAAUGCCAUCUUUAAUGUGCUCCCAACAUGUGCCCCCUCUUAUAGUUUAUAAAAGAUCUUUAAUUAAACAAUCAUAAAAUAAGCUUUACCUUCAUUUACUUGGCAGCUUUGUACCUGAUGUUAUUUCAUUUAAGACUUUCUGGUUAAGGCCUCCGUUAUUUACUGCUGGACCAAUGAGAGCUACAUAAGGCCUUCUUUACCAAAUUGUUAAUUGAUUUAAAAACUGACUGAAGCCUUAUUUGCACAUCUGGCUGGUGAGCUUGCCUUGCUUUUUGGAAAAUUAUGAUUGCUCUGACAGAAGUAGAGACAAAAUUCAGUUCAGGCUACAUUAGGUGUACAAAGAUAUUCAUAGCAAUGUACUUACUGUCUAAUACCCUAAUGUUGCAUGUCUUGAUGUGGUUUCUUUUUUUGUUUUGUUGUUUUGUUUUCAAGAACUGAUGGAUCUGUAUAUUGUAAUUGUGGUGUUUUACGUCAAUUCAAAAUUGUUAAGAAAAGCAAACAAACCUGUUAAUUAUUAAAAAUGAACAAGGAUUGAUUUUCAUUGAUUCCCACAUAUGUCUUUUUUUUUUUUUUUUGGACAUUGUUUCUUUAUAUCAUCAAUUUUCCAUAUUGGUAAAACAAUAUUUAUAUGAUGUAGUGCAUAGAGAGCAUUUUUGUUUUUGAUGUUUGAAGAAGAACAUUCCUUUUCUGGCCUCUCUCUUUCUCUCUCCUAUACGUGGUACAUACAUAUUUAUAAAUUAGAUUAUUGUCAGGUUCUAAUUACUGAAUUUGUGCUUUUCACAAGAUCCUAACAUACUUUACAAUAUGAAUUUUUUUAUCCCUUUUUGUGUUCUUCAUUUUCACAGUGCAAAAAAUGCAUAAUAUAACUUUGAAGUAUUCUAGGUGUGAGCACUAAGCAUGCCUAAUAGAAAAAAAUCUUUUUAUCAUACCCCAGAUAAACCUAUUAAAUAAUAAGGCUGUAAAGGAGGCACACAUACACAUUAUGUGACUUAAUAAUAGACACUCCCUAAGAGAAAAGAAGUACUUCCUUUUGUCCAGAACCCCUGGUAUGUAAGUCAUACAAUUAAUGUUAAAGAAUAUAAAGUCUCUAAACGGGCUAUAUCUGUAAUCAAAUAAUGAAGAAAGAAAGUAGUUAAAUGAACAUACCAUUUAGGGUCGAAUAUAUUCAGCAAAAAGCUGUAGUGGGUCUUUGAUCAUGGUUAGAUGCAUAGUGAUAUCAAACAGUUGGUUCUCAUGUAGCAGCUAAAUGUUUCAGAUUUUUGUUUUUAUUAAAUUUGGCAGUUUCACACUGAGAUCUACUCUAUUCUUAGUGAAUAAAAGACAGCUCCUAUGUUAGAAAGUAUUCCAUUUUCACAAAUGCAGGGAACUAGGAGAUUUUUCAGAAACAUGGGCCACAAAAAUGUACUCCUUUCACAGUGUUCUCCUAUUUCUGAACUGUGCAGUUAUCUAUUAAAUUUUCUAAAAGAUAUUUGUGUAAGGUGUAUGUAUGCUUGUGCAAUUAUGAAAAAAAGCAGUUUUGGAAAACAGUGUAUUUAUUAAAAAAAAGUCACUUAUGGGGCAUGUACAAAACUGUAUAAAAACAUUCAGUUUGCCCAGUAAAGUUGUUUUUGUGAUAUUUCUGUGUUGUUGAAUAAAGGACUUUAGUAUGCAAAA